UGAUUUAUUUAAUAGUAAGAUACUAACUUGAUCUUGGCAACACCACAAACUGUCAUUCGUCUGUCAAAAUAUGUCAUACAGUCGACAAUGGACCGGCGAUCUUUUAAUUACAAGUGCAUUUGUUUAUAUAUUUUUUAUUAACUACAAACAUUUGACUGAUUCUAUCUUUAAUAUUUGUGAUUUUGCAUGACUUUAAAAUAGCUACCAAUUUCUUAGAUUAAUUACUAAAUGCAAGUUUGUAAUAAAAAGUAUGUGUUUAUCGUAAAACAUUAGGUUAGGAAAUUUAAGAAAAGAUCACCAACAAAAAAUGAAACUGUACUGCCUAAGCAGCGACGCGGCAAAGCCGUGCUUCGUGCUGUCGUUCAAGGAGCUGCUGAUCAUGCUGGACUGUGGGCUGUCAGCACACUCAGUGCUCAACUUCCUGCCGCUGCCGCCCGUACCCAGCACACGCCUCGCCUCACUGCCCAACUACACACCACCACAUAUCAACGAUCCACUGCUCGAAGGGGAACUAAAAGAAUGUUGUGGCCGAGUAUUUGUAGACAGCAUCCCGGAGUUUUGCCCACCGCUUGAUAAGGUUGUGGACUUUUCCCAACUAGAUGUGAUUCUCAUCUCCAAUUAUACGUGCAUGAUGGCACUUCCAUUCAUCACAGAAGAUACUGGUUUUAAGGGACAGGUGUAUGCCACGGAGCCUACUUUACAAAUUGGCAGGUUCUACCUGGAGGAGCUGGCGGAGUGGGUGAGCGCGGGGCUGGGCGCGGGCGGCGGCGGCGGCGGCGGCGGCGGCGCGCGGCGCUGGAAGGAGCUGCUGCACGUGCUGCCGGCGCCGCUGGCGCUGGCGGCGCGGCCGCGCGCCUGGCGCCGCCUGUUCGCGCCCGCCGCCGUCGCGCGCUCGCUGGCGCGCGUGCGCGUCGUGGGCUACGACGAGCGCGUCGACGUGUACGGCGCGCUGUCGGCCACGGCCGUGUCCUCGGGCUUCUGCCUCGGCUCCGCCAACUGGGUGCUGCGCUCGGCGCACGAGAAGGUGGCCUACGUGAGCGGCUCCAGCACGCUCACCACGCACCCGCGCCCCAUCAACCAGGCGGCGCUGCGCGGCGCCGACCUGCUCGUGCUGGCGGCGCUCACGCAGACGCCGGCGCACAACCCCGACCACAUGCUGGGCGACCUGUGCGUGCACGCCACGCUCACGCUGCGCGGCGGCGGCUGCGUGCUGUGCCCCGUCUACCCGAGCGGCGUGCUCUACGACCUGCUCGAGUGCCUCUCCGCGCACCUGGACGGCGCCGGGCUCGCGCACGUGCCGCUCUACGUCGUCUCGCCCGUCGCCGACUCCUCGCUCGCCUACAGCAACAUCCUCGCCGAGUGGGUCUCCAUCGGCAAGCAGGCACGCGUGUAUCUACCGGAGGAGCCUUUCCCCCACGCGGCGCUAGUCCGCAGUGGUCGUCUCAAGCAUGCACGAAAUCUACACGACGAUGCCUUUAGUGCUGAUUUUCGUCAGCCGUGCGUCGUGUUCUGCGGACACCCGAGUCUGCGUUUCGGGGCGGCCGUGCACCUAGUCGAACUGUGGGCCAACAACCCGGCGCACGCGAUCAUAUUCACAGAGCCCGAUUUCCCGCACACGGAGGCGCUGGCGCCGUUCCAGCCGCUGAGCAUGAAGGCGUUCCACUGCCCCAUCGACACGUCGCUCAACUACUCGCAGGCCAACAAGCUCGUGCGCGAGCUGCGGCCGCGCGAGCUGGCGCUGCCCGAGCAGUACGCGCCGCCGGCGGGCGGUGGUGGCGCGGGUGGCGCGGCGGGCGGUGCGCGCGCGCAGCUGAGCGCGGAGGUGCCGACGGUGGUGGUGCGGCGCGGCGCGGCGCGCGCGUGCGGCGUGCGGCGGCGCGCGGCGCGCGGCCAGCUGUGCGGCGAGCUGGCCGCGCGCGCCGCGCCGCGCGACCUGCGCCCCGGCCUGCGCGCCGCGCCGCUCGCCGCGCUGCUGCACCUGCGCGACAACCGCCUCGAGCUGCGCGCGCCGCCCGCCGCGCCCGCCGCCGCUACCGCCGCCGCCACCACCUCCACCUCCGCCGCGCCGCGCCUGCACUGGGGCGCGCUCGACGUCGAGGCGCUGGUGCGCGCGCUGGCGCGGGAGGGCAUCACCGAGGUGCGCGUGGAGCGCGGCGGCGGCGGCGGCGGCGGCGGCGGCGGCGGCGGCGGCGGCGACGAGGGCUGCAUCGUGCACCUGCCGCGCCACGACACGCUCGUGCACGUGGAGCGGCACGCCACGCACGUGUUCUGCGAGGGCCGCGCCGACGUGCGCCAGGCGCUGCAGCGCGCGCUGGCCGCCUGCCUGCCGCACGUCUAGCGGAAAAUAUUUCAAGAUUCGAAGUCGUGCUCGCGGGGCUCGCUCUGUAUAGCAGCGACCGCUAUCCCUCGAUCUACAGAAAUAAUUGCGUGUCGGAACAAUUAUUAAAGAACGCUCUGGAUUACCCCAGAUAUAUAAUUGUAUA